GUUUUGAGUAGCACAAGCUCAUUAAGUUGUGUGAUUUCAAUCGGAUUGGUUUAUAAUUAUGGCGUUGUCUAAGAUUUCUUCACUCAUUCGUCCGCUUUCGGUUCGUGCAUUUUCAACAUCUUCUCGCUUACUAAACGGUGAAUCUCGUGGACCAUGGUUUGGACUCUCUGAUGAACAAAGAGAACUUCAGUCACUCGCUAGGAAAUUUGCACGCGAAGAAAUUGCUCCAGUAGCUGCCAAAUUUGAUCAGUCUGGUGAAUAUCCAUGGGAACUGUUUAAAAAGGCUUGGGAACUUGGAUUGACUAAUCAUGGAAUUCCAGAGCAUUGCGGUGGUCACAAGCUUGGUGUUUUCGACAGUUGCUUGAUUGUUGAGGAGCUUGCAUGGGGCUGUACUGGAAUUGAACUUGCGCUUGAAGGAACUGGCUUAGGACAAACCCCAGUCAUUCUAUUCGGAUCACCAGAGCAACAAAAGAAGUAUCUCGGACGUCUUGUCGAAGAACCACUUUUAGCAGCUUAUUGUGUUACUGAACCAGCCGCAGGCUCUGAUGUUGGUGGACUUAAGUGUCGGGCAGUCAAAAAAGGUGAUGAAUAUAUCCUCAAUGGUCAAAAAAUGUGGAUUACAAAUGCUGGCGUUGCCAACUGGUACUUCGUACUUGCUAGAACAUCUGAUGAUCCAAAAGCACCAGCAUCAAAGGCAUUUACAGGAUUCAUUGUUGAACGUGACUGGCCAGGCGUAACUCCAGGACGUAAGGAGAUUAACAUGGGACAACGCGCAAGUGACACACGUGGAGUGACUUUCGAGGAUGUUAGGAUACCAAAGGAAAAUGUCCUGAUUGGUGAAGGUGCUGGAUUUAAGAUUUCAAUGGGAACUUUUGAUCUCACUCGUCCACCAACUGCUGCUGGAGCCACUGGAUUGGCACAAAGAGCUUAUGAUGAAGCACUUAAGUACUCAAUGGAAAGAAAGACUUUCGGAGUUCCAAUUGCCAAUCACCAAGCUGUACAAUUUAUGUUAGCUGACAUGGCAAUCGGAGUUGAGUUGUCUAGAUUAGCUUACUGGCGUGCAGCAUGGGAGGUCGACCAAGGCAGAAGAAACUCAUAUGAAGCUUCAAUUGCCAAGUGUUUUGCUGCUGACCAAGCUAACAAGAUUGCAGCUGAUGCUGUCCAAAUCUUUGGUGGAAAUGGAUUCAAUUCAGAGUAUCCAGUUGAGAAGCUUAUGAGAGACGCAAAGAUCUUCCAAAUUUAUGAAGGAACAUCGCAGAUCCAAAGAAUGAUUAUCGCUAGAAAUGCUUUUGAGAGAGCAAGACAAAUGAUUUCAUAA